GCGGGACUUCCGGCAGCCUCCUCCGGGCGGCUGUUUUGAUCUCGCCAGUCUGUGCGCUGCGUCAGAGUCUCUCUGGGGCCCGGACGCCCCCGAGGGGGCGCCGAGGGAGUUGGCGGGGGGCUGGGGGAGGGGUCCCCGCGGUGCAGGGCGGGUCCGAGGCUGGGCGGGAGGUGCCCGGCGGGGUCACUCUCCCGGAUGGAGCCUCCGGGCUUCGCGGAGUCCGCGCGUCUGCGGAGUCCGAUGGUGGCGUCCGCGCCGAGGCGCCCGGCUGAGGACAUGGACUUUGAGGACGUGGCCAUCACCUUCUCCCAGGAGGAGUGGGGGCUCCUUGAUGAGCCUCAGAGACUGCUGUACUGCGACGUGAUGCUGGAAAUCUUUGCACUUGCAGCAUCGCUAGGUUGUUGGCAUAAGUUAGAAGAUGAGGAGGCCCCUUCUGCGCAGAGUGUGUCUGUAGAAGGAGAGUCACAGGUAAGAGCUUCUGAGACAGUGCCAGCAGCCCAGGGGACCCACCCCUGCAGGCGGGGUGUCUCAGUGUUCAAAGAUAUUCUGCACCUGAAUGAGUGCCAAGCAGCAAACCUUGAAAAUGAAACAUGCUUCAGAGCUGCCUCUGCGAGCGGCUCCUGCUUCAGUGCAGACUUUACCCAGCAACAGAAGGAAGCCAGUGGGGAGAAGCCCUGCAGAGGAGAUGCGGACAGCGACUCGGUCACCAGGGGCAGCUUCUGUGCAUCAGGGAUGCCUUUCACGCGUCAGGAUGUUGGGGCGGAAUUUCCAGCCAUCUCCGGCCUUCUCCAGCUCCAGUCCACUCUUAUCACUGAGGGCCCACACAGUGGCAGUGAGGGUGGGCAGGCCGCUCACAGUGGAAAAAGUCGUCAUGUGUCGGGUGAGUGUGAAAAGGCUGCUCUCCACAAUCAGAACCUUGAUCAACGGCAGAGUACCUGUUCUGGAGAAGGGGUUCAUGAGUGUAGCAAGUGUGGGAAGGUCACUCCACAUAGAAGGGUUCCCACAGGAGGAAAACCGGAUACAUACAGUGUUUGUGGGACAUGCUUUCACGGCGAAGAUUUCCUCAUUCCACACCAGAGAGUUCACACUGUAGAAAAGCGUUACGAGUGCAGUGAUUGUGGGAAAUGCCUUGGCUAUAAAAUUGAUCUCAUUCGACACCAGAGAAUUCAUACUGGUGAGAAGCCAUAUCAGUGUAGUGAUUGUGGAAAGUCCUUCAGACAAAGCUGUGCCCUCAUUCAACACAAAAGAAUUCACACUGGAGAGAAGCCAUAUGAAUGCGGUUACUGUGGGAAGUCCUUCAGACAAAGGACUAACUUCAUUCUGCACAAAAGAGUGCACACUGGAGAAAGACCUUACGAGUGUAAUGAAUGUGAGAAAUCUUUUACCCGCACAUACAACCUCCUCACACACCAGAGAAUUCACACUGGAGAAAAGCCCUACGAGUGCAGCGAUUGUGGGAAGACCUUCAGAGAAAGCUCUACCCUCAUUAAACACAAAAGAGUGCACACUGGAGAAAGACCUUAUAAGUGUAAUGAAUGUGGGAAGUCUUUUACCCGCACAUCUAACCUCCUUAGACACCAGAGACUUCACACUGAAGAAAGGCCUUAGGCAUAACAACACGGAGGAGACUCAGAGUUAUUUACCUGAAUUUAACUUCCUGUUCAUGGAACAUACACUCUGCUAGGUUCCUGAUGAGUCAAGUUCACGAGAGGCUUUAAGGGGCUGCAUUGCACCGUAACCUGCAAGGGCUAUUACCAGAUUGAUGGAUGUCACUGCCGGUUUUUGUGGCUGGAACCAUUUCACCUCUCCCACCCGGCUCCUCUGGACCGUGUGCCUCCGUCACACCUGUGUGCUCAGGGAAGAUGACAUCCGUGUCCUCGCUUUUGCCUGGGGAAAAUUAUGAACACUCAGCUCUGGUCGGGAUCCUCAAUUCUUCCUCUCUGAUAGGGGAUGGACCUGAGGCCCCGUCCUCAGCGAAGGUCGUGUUUCUCAUGGACAUUGCUGUUCGCACAUUAUGCUGUGGUGAAUUUUUCCAGGUUAUCAUUCACUACCCUGGAAACUGCUUUGAUUUAUGAUCAUUUUGUGAAGUUUUUUGUUUUUGUACUUUUGCUGCUGUUGUUAAUUCUCACUUGAGGAUUAGAGAGAGUGGAAGGGAGAGGGAGCGACAGAGAGAGAGAAACACUGAUGUCAGACGCAUUGAUUGAUUGCCUCUGAAUGUGCCCCAGCCCCUGCCAGGGACCCAGGCCAUGGAUCGAGCCUGCAACUGAGGUAUGUAUCCUUGAGCAGAAGCGAACCUGGACCCGUCAGUCUGCAGGUCGAUGCUCUAUCCACUGAGCGAAACUGGCUAGGGCGCUUUUGUGCUUUUAAUUUUCAAGCUUGUAGUCACUGUGCAAGAUGAUUUGACAUAAGAAUUGUGAUCUGUCAGCAUAUAGAAGUGAACAGAUUUUGUAGGGAGGCCAAACUUUCUGUUUCAGAAGGCACAGCACAAUGGCAGAAAAUCGCUCUUUGUCCCAUGUUGGUUUUUAAUGCAAUGCUGUGUGACUUUGUGGUCCUAAUAUGCGUCCUAGUGCCAUGAUUAUUGGGGAAGUCCACAGUCACUCUGAAGAGGAGGCCUUUGUUGUGCUUCAGUGAACUAUAUUAUAUUCCCUUGUUUACACUACAUAUUGCAUAAUUCCACCCAUGUUCAGGAGACCUCCUCCCCACGUCCUGCAAGGGAGUUAUGUCCCGCGAUGUGCUAAAUUUCUUAGACUGGUGUCCUAUGUUGUAAGUCCGUGAGGGUUAGUUGCAAAAACAGUUGGGAUAGAAACUAUUACCAGUCCAGCCUCCGUUCUCGAAUGUCUCCCAUAUUGAACAAUUUGGUUCUUGACUAAGUUGUUCAUAGAAAAUAUAGGUCUCUGUUUUUCAAACAAACUUCGGUUCUAGACCCGACAAUUCUUACAAGCUGAUACGUCAGCAUGACAAAAAGUAUCUCUUUGGCCACAAACAAAGGAGAGAACCGAGUCAGUUGACCCCUAAACGUCAUUUAUUUACAUCUCAGGAAACUGUGCUGUGAAUGUGUUCAUGGGUUUUAAUUAAUUUAUUUUUUGCUCUUGUUGCUGGCGAAGUGGAAGAUUAGCACUAUUUUAGAACAUACAGAGGCCAACAAGUGUGCUGAUGUUGCUAAGGGUGUGGACAUGCUCACAAAGCAGUGCUCACAGGCCGCUGAAGAGGUAGAAAAACUGUUGUGAUUUGGAUAAACGCGAGAAGAGAGCAGGUGGCUGCAUUUCUGCGGCAGUGACACGUGAAAAAGGAAGCUGCUUCGCCCUCGGGAGGAGUGCUGUUCUAGUAAGUGAUUCCCGUAAGGCUAGUAGGGGUGGUUUGAUAGAUUUAAGAGAAGAUGUGUUUGUUUAUAGAUUAAACUAGAGGCCCGAUGCACGAAAUUUCCCUGGCUGCCGGCACCGGCUUCCCUCCAGCACCCGGGACCCAGGCUUCCCUCUGGCUGCCGGCACCCAGGACCUGGGCUUCCCUUGCAGAGGGAAGCCCUACCCACCUGCUGCAGUCCGCCUGUCAGUGGCCUGGGCCUCCCUCUUUGGGGCAAUCAUGGAGCCCCCCAAUUGAUUGUCCUGCCAGCCGGUGGCCUGGGCCUCCCUCUGCGGGGUGAUCAUGGGGCAGUGGCCAGGCCCCCAACCAAUCGCAUCACACUUGCCUUGGCUGGCCUGGUGCCAGAGGGUGUCAUAGCAUGGUCCCUGAUGGUCACCCGGAUGGUCGUUCCGCUGUUUGGCCAUUUGGUUGAUUUGCAUAUUACACUUUUAUUAUAUAGGAUAGUACAGUAGACAUGUACUGAAUAUAAGAUAUGUUAAAACGGAAUCAUUUAGGGGCCUGGAACAGAUUAUUUAAAUUUACAUUAUUUUUAAUGGGGGAAAAUGAAUCCGUGUUCAAACAAAUCACUUUUCAAAAUGCUUUCUGGCCCUAGCCAGUUUGGCUCAGUGGGUAGAGUGUCAGCGUGCAGACUGAAUGGUCCCAGGUUCAAUUCCAGUCAAGGGCACAUAUUCAGGUUGCGGGUUUGAUCCCCAGUAGUGGGUGUGCAGGAAGCAGUCGAUCAAUGAUUCUCUCUCAUUGAUGUUUCUCUCUCUCCCUCUCCCUUCCUCUCUGAAAUCAAUAAAAAUAAUAUUAAAAAACAAGCUUUCUGGAAUGAAUUAAGUCGACAACUGAGAUUCCACUGGAUAUUGGGUAGAAGGCAUUACAGUAAAUUAGAUGGAAGGUGCCACUUCUCAACGUUCAUCCGCAAAUGUUCUAGGGCCUGUGGCUUCUGUAAUCUGUGGGCACCGCAUUCUGAGGACCUCCACAGCUGUUUCCUGUAGCCGAGGUCAUUGGCAGAUUUUGUUAUUUCCCCUGCCUCUCUGGCAUGUUCACCUCAAGGCUAUUGCUCUACAGGCAAGAAAACAAAGCUAGAAAGAAGGAUGAUCCUGUAGUCAGCAUUCCUGUUGAUUUUGAUGGCAGUAGUCUUCAUUGCUUGUCAAUAUUUGCUGCCACUGAGGCCAGGCUGCCCCUCUCAGGUCUUGAGGAGAGAGAUGGUAAAGUCCAUAUAAGCUUGCCAACCUAAUUUUCUAAGAAAAGAGGAAUAGCUAGGUCUUUAAUGGGAAUCACUAUGUUCUAAAAUAUAUUUUUACUAGAGGCCUGGUGCACAACAUUCGUGCACUGGCGGGGGGUGAGGUGGGGGGGCAGGGUCCCUCAGCCUGGCCUGUGCCCUUUCACAGUCCCGGAGCCCUCAGGGGAUGUCUCACUGCUGGCUACGGGGAGUGGCCUAAGCUGCAGUCGGACAUCCUUAGCACUGCCCCAGAGGCAGUCCACUGCACUCGCCAGUCAUCAGCCUGGCUUGUGAGAGCACACUGACCACCAGGGGGCAGCUCCUGCGUUGAGCAUCUGCCCCCUGGUGGUUAGUGUGCGUCAUAGCAACCAGUCCUUACUCUGGUCGAUUUGCAUAUACCCUUUUAUCGUAUAGGGUAGGAUUGAUUUAAAAGAGGAAGGGAGAGAGAGAAACAUCAAUGAUGAGGCAUGCAGGGGGCAUGUAGGAGGCAGCCAGUCAAUGAUUCUCUCUCAUCAUUGAUGUUUCAAUCUCUCCCUCUCUCUUCCUCUCUCAAAUCAAUAAAAAUAAA